AGCCCGCCUUCCGGACGGCCGGGGCAGGGGGGAGAGAGAGACCCCGCGUCGGGCCCGGGGCGGCGGGACGGCGGCCUCCGGGGCAGUGCCGCGGCCCGUGCCCUGUGGCGCCCCGGCGAGCGCGGGACACCGAGGAACGCGGGCGUUCGGCUGAGCGCCGGGAGGGGGGCCGCGGGCCAAGGGCGGGGCGAACCACGGCACGGCCGCCCGCAGCCGGGGAUCCAGCCGCAGCGAGGGCUGAGGGCGCGGUGGGCUGCCCACGGCCUGUUCAGGCACUCUGACUCCCUCGUCCAGGGCUUGGGCUGAGCACUCACAGGAUGGACUGUCGACUCCUCCACAGGCGCUGAAGUGACUCUGUUAACGCUGGCUGUGAGCCGAGGCAAUACUUCUGCUCAGAGAAAAAGGUUUAGAGAAACAUGGAACUUGAAAGAAUCAUUCGAGAGACGCUGACAUGCUUCAUCCAGUCCCACAUCCCUGCAGCAGACCUCAGUGGCAUGGAUGAUGUUUUCUUCUCUUACAUCACGGGUGUCCUGGAAGAGCUGGGCUCGCCAGAGUGUUCUGAGGAGACUUUUGACAUGGACACCUUUGUGGAAAUGAUGGAGGCUUAUAUUCCUGGUUUUGCAGCAAUCCCCAGUGGAGAUGUUUGUGAAAUGAUGUUCUCACUCUCAGAAAGGCUCGGUGAAGCUCGCAACAAAGAAAAACCUGGCCAAAAGGCUGUGGAAAGCAGGAGUGAAGCACCCUCUGAAGACCUGCCCAAGGGCCAGGAGCCUGGAGCUGUAGCCUGCAACGGGGAGAGGCUGUGCACUGCAGCAGACGGAGCCAGGGCGCAGGAAAAUGAUGACCUGAAGGAUGGCGUGGAGCUGCUACUGGAGAUGUUCCCAGCCUGUACCAUGAGCCAGGCAGAGAAGGCACUCGCCAUGGCCUUGGGAAACUUGGAGGAGGCAGUGCAGUUAAUCGUGGAGGAGAAGGUGGAAAUUGGCCCAGCAGGUGCAAGUGUGAAGGAACUGGCCCGGCCCCGCAGAGCACCCAACCACGAGGAACUGAAACAGGUUAUCCUAGAGAAAUACAUGAUGGUGGACAGUGCAGACGACCAGAAAACACACCGGCCAGCUCCACCCAAAGAGGCUCCCAAGAAGCUGAUCCGCUACAUCGAUAACCAGGUGGUGAGCACAAAAGGAGAGAGGUACAAAGACAUCAAGAAACCUGAGAGUGAGGAGAUGAAGAGAACCUACAUCAGUCUCAAACCAGCCAGGAAGUACAAGUUCCACUGACAGCCAGGUCCUCCUGCUCCUCAGCCUCCACCUCGCCAGCCAGGCCCAGCAGGAUGGGCACGUGGCACUAGGGAUGAGGGGAUUCCUCCACCUGCCACUAACCUGGGAGCCAGGACACUGCUUUCAGCUUCCUCAACUAACCCAGCUGACAAGGAGGAGACUCCCUUCCUGUAGCUGUCCCUCUGCCCCCAGAGGCACUCUGCAGGGGCUCUCUGGGGCUCGAGCAUUCUCUGCUAUUCCUUGCAUGGGACAUUUUUAGAUCCAAGAGUGGCUUGUGCCUUUGCUGCAAGCUUUUUACAAGUCUGUGUGCACUGUUGCUUAGUUGAGUGCCAGCAUUAAUAAAGGUGAUGUGAGUUGGUGUGUAGUUCGGCCAGAGCAUGCACAUGGCAGGUACCACCUCGAGUCCCUCUUGGGGCCAAAGACAGGAGCAGGGUCAUCCUCUCUUCCUUUAAUUACUCUCUCCAUUACAUUAAAAGAUGUGGCUGCUGUUGGGUUCACCACCUAGCAGAUACCAGGGCUGAGGCUGAACUCCAGACCAGAGCUGAGCAACCCCUGCCAGCACAACCUGCUGCACUCCAUGAGCUCCAGCUAACAGCACAGCCAGGGCUGCUGCUGCUUCUCACCCCUGCUGCCUGCCUGAGCUCCAGCCAUGCCCAACGGAGCAGCAGCCUGGGUGCUACCGAAAUGUCAAGUCAGGAGCUGGAAGAAACCAGUGGCAACAACCAACUGUUUUCAUGGCAUGCUGCCCACACCAGGGCCGUGCCAGGCUAGCCAGUGGCCAUGGGCUCGAGCUGGGCUCACUCUGCCCUCCUGCCAGGGCUCAGAGGGACCUGCCCUCUCCCAAGAGGAGGGCUGGAGGCUUUUCUCCUUUCUGCUCCAGCUGGCCUGGUUUGUUCCACAGCUCUGCUGGCAUGCCCUGCACAGCCACCUCAGGGGACAGUCGCCAUCAAACGCUCUCCUGCCCUCUGGACAGCUGCCACUUAGAGAUUUAAAAUACAACAAAUGAUAAACCCUGUCUAUCAGCUGACCUGACCAAGGCCUGUUCAGCACCAUGGUGUUCUGCAGCUCCCUUGCUCUCUCCACACCACUGCAGAGGGAGUUACUUUCCCCAGAGGCACCAACAAAGCCCACUCACAAACAGCCCCAGAGGGAAGCGUGAGCCACACGCAGGGCAGCCUCGCCAGCAGGACCGACCUCUCCCUCUGCGUGUCUCAGCAGCAGCCGGCCCCGUGGCCUCCCACCAUCCCAACAGCCCCCCCUCCCCAGCAGCAGCAGGUCUAGAUCUGGAGGUUGAUGAAAGGGGCAAAGCCAACCACAUCCUGCAGGAGAACGAGAGCCCUCUGCAGCGGAGGCUCCACGUCCAGCUCCACGCCGCGGCUGCGGAGGAUGCUCAGGCUGGACUCGGCCACGUUGUGGCAAUGCUUCACCUUCAGUGAGCGCAGUUUGGGGCAGUACUCAGCCAGGACUCUGCCAGGAAAGAGAGCACAGGCAGGUUGCAAGCCAGUACACCAUCCAUCCUCUCUAGUGCCAGCAGCCUGGCGCUCACGUGUGUGCCACACACCCCCCAUCCCGUGGAAGCAGCAUCCACUGGUCCGAGAGAAACUGGAGGACGUGGUCGGAUGCCAGGCCCACCCUCCAUGACACACCAGGAAGCUCGCUGUUGGUAGCACACAGUGCCUCUCCUGAAGGGCCUGGCCGGCAGCUUCUCCCUCAGACCGAGCUCCGAUUGCUUUCAACAUGAAGAGAUCUGACUUUUCUCUCCGUUCCUCCUCCUCUCCCCGCCCCAGACACCUGCUGUCCCCACCCUGCCUCUCUGUGUCACUCAGUACCUGAUGGAGUCAUUCUUGACCCGCAGACAGCCCGUGAGGUCCAGGUGCUCCAGCUCGGGGCAGCACUUGGCAAUCUCCUCGACCGCCACGUCGCCCACAUUGGCGUUGACGGCCAGCGACAGCGACUUGAGCCUGCCACACUUCUGCGCCAGGUAGCAGAUGGCCUCGUCCUUCAGCUGGCGGCACGCCGUGAGGUCCAGGGCCUCCAGCGCCUUGCAGUGGUCGGCCAGGCUGCGCAGGGCCAGGCUGUCCACCCACUCGCAGUGCGCCAGGGAGAGGCGGCGCAGGCCGGGGCAGCUCAGCGCGAUGGCCACCAGCGCGUGCCGGCUCAGCUGCGCGCAGCCCUUCAGCUGGAUCUGGUGCAGGUGGUGGUUCUGCCCGAUGACCGGCAGCAGCUCCCGGUCCGUCAGCCAGUCGGAGCAGCUCUGCAGGGCCAGCUGCUGAAGUACUGCGUUGUCCUUCAGCAGGUUAACGAAGGCGGCUCGAGGGAUGGCGGGUCCGAUCUGUGUGGGGAACCCACGGAGAAUGAGGCAGCCUCAUCCUCACCAAAAAGCUCUCCCCUCCUCUCUUC